AUGUGUUCAUCAAAAGAGCCACUAGCAAAAACAUGGCUCACAUCAAAAGCAUUUGAAUCACUAAAGAUUAGGUCAUCAACCAUCAUAGUGGAAGCUCCUAAAAUGUUGAAGACAACAGUUUCUUUGCCUUGUCUCAGAGUUAAUUCUUGUUUAGUUAAAGCCGAUGAUGUUGGCAUAUGGUGUGUAGCGGAAAAUGGAGGCAUUGGAUAUACGACUGUCUUUCUAGCUCUAGAGCUAGUAAAUGGGUCACCUACAGAAGAAUUCCAAAUCACUAAGGGUGUCAGACAAGGUGACCCACUAUCGCCAUUCCUAUUCAUCCUGGCUAUGGAAGGAUUAAAUGUGGCAAUGAAAGGAGCAAGAGAUAGAAAUUUGAUUCACGGAAUCAAACUCCCUCAUUCCGGACCUGAGAUAUCUCAUCUAUUCUAUGCUGAUGAUGCCAUAUUUUUAGGAGAAUGGAAUCACUGCAACCUCAGGAGCCUCUCGAGAAUACUAAAAUGCUUCCAAAUAUCUUUGGGUUCAAAAGUUAACUUCCAAAAAUCCAGACUCUUUGGAAUUUGUACCACCGAUUCUGAAUUACAAUGUAUGGCCAGAACCCUUGGUUGUCAGAAGAGCUCAUUCCUAUUCACAUAUCUUGGGGUACCCGUCGGCACCAUCAUGUUACCAAAAAAACACUGGGACCCGAUAAUUAAAAAAUUCCAAUCCAAGCUCUUUAACUGGAAGGAAAACACAUUUUCAUUUGGUGGUAGAUUUACACUGAUCAAAUCAGUUUUGGGAAGCCUACCUACUUAUUACCUAUCCUUAUUCAAGGCACCUCAAGGAAUUUUAGACACCUUGGAAAAAAAUAAGAUGAAGAUUUCUUUGGGGAGGCAACGAAGAUUAGUGUCGGUCCAAGACGAUUUGAGGCCCGGGGCAAAAUAA